UUCACCUUAGACAGUCACAUAAACAUUUACGUACACAGCCACCCCAUCUCCUUGUCUCCUUUUAAAUAAUGUUAGCAACUUACCACACAAAAAGAGACAGCAGCUUGAACACUUCAUCUUUGGCUGUCUCUGUUUCCACCCCCUCUUUAUCUAUAUAUCUAUGUAUUAAAAACUCUCCUGUAUAUAAACAGUUAGAGAGUUCAAUUCAUUGGUUUUUAACUCGGCCUGGAAUCUGGGUAGUGGUGAAUUCAACUCACAGUGAUCGAGGAUCGCAGAGAUUUAAGUGAUACUUGACUUUUAAGGCAUUGAAGUUUCUUGUAUUUUCAAGGAAUGAACUUUGUGUAAAGGACUUGCAGAUUUAAAGAAGAGUACAGAUGAAUACUAGGGUGAGGACUAGGCUCCACUCCAUGAAAGCUCCAAUGAAGCAUGAAAAAGAGAAGGUUGGAAUGCAGGGGAGCAAACCAAAUGUUGCCAAAAAAGCAGCAAAUAAAAGACAGGCCUCAAGUAGAGAGAGGAAAAUAGCGUUGCAAGAAGAUGUUGAUCAACUAAAGAAGCAACUUAGGCAUGAAGAGAAUAUUCACAGAGCUUUGGAGAGGGCUUUCAGCAGACCGUUGGGAGCUCUCCCUCGCCUUCCUCCGUAUCUUCCUCGUACUACGUUGGAGCUGCUUGCAGAAGUGGCUGUUUUGGAAGAGGAGGUGGUUCGGCUUGAGGAACAGGUUGUCCAUUUUAGGCAAGAUUUGUACCAAGAGGCUGUCUACAUGUCAAGCUCCAAGAGGAACGUGGAAAGUGUUUCCGAUUUAUAUCACUUGUACCCGAAUAAGAACCCCAAGCCAGAUCAGUCGAAAUCCUUAGCUCAGAAUGUGGAUGAGUCAGCGACAUCCACGAUAAGGCAUUUGCCAUCCCUUUCUGCAGAUGGAACAGGGAAAGAGAAUGCAUUCUCUACUGCUAAUUCUAGGAAGAACAGCAAAGGAUCCUCAAUCCAUAAAGCUCAGACAAGCAGAAAUAUGGUGAAAAGACCGUCUGAGGACAAUAGACCAGCAGAGAAGAAAUUAGAUUCUCACAAGUCACAGCUAGAAUGCAGAGUACCAGACCAAGAAAAUGCAGAAGCAAGAAGUCAUGUUACUGCAAGCGAAGGGGUAUCAGGAGAUGCAAGCCCAAACAAGUUGUCUGAGGACAUCUUGAAAUGUUUGUCAAGUAUUUUCUUACGGAUGAGCUCAAUGAAGAAUAGGCGUACUGCAGAUAAUUUAUCUUUCUUGUCAACAUUAGUCUCUCAAGAAAACGAGGAAGAAGCCGAAUGUCAGGAUCCUUAUGGUAUAUGUUCAGAGUUUGGGAAGAGAGAUAUUGGUCCAUAUAAGCGUUUGUUUUCAAUAGAAUCUGGGACGAUUAAUCCCAACCGAACAUCAAAUUCUUUGUUUCUACUUCAUAGACUUGAACUUCUAUUCGGGAAACUUGCCUCCGUCAACUUGCAGAACCUCACUCAUCAGAAGAAGCUUGCAUUCUGGAUAAACAUUUACAAUUCCUGCAUGAUGAACGCAUUUCUAGAACACGGAAUUCCUGAGAGUCCUGAGACGGUUGUUGAACUGAUGAGAAAGGCAACAAUAAAUAUCGGGGGACACUUGUUAAAUGCAAUAACGAUCGAACAUUUCAUCCUUAGGCUGCCUUAUUACUCAAAAUAUACAAUUUCCAAGGGUGCAAAAAAUGAUGAGAUGGCAGCGAGGAACAAAUUUGGAUUGGAGCUAUCUGAACCAUUGGUAUCAUUUGCCCUUUGCUGCGGAAGCUGGUCCUCCCCUGCUGUGAGAGUGUACACCGCAGCUCAGGUUGAAAACGAACUGGAAGAGGCAAAAAGAGAUUAUUUACAAGCUGCAAUUGGAAUUACAACGAGCAAGUUUGCCAUCCCUAAGUUAUUGGAUUGGUAUUUACUUGACUUUGCCAAGGACUUGGAGUCAUUGCUUGAUUGGAUCUGCCUUCAGUUACCCAGUGAACUAGGGAAAGAAGCUAUUAAUUGCCUCGAGAAAGGUAAAAAUGAGCCUCAUUCACAUUUUGUCCAAGUUAUGCCAUAUGAGUUCGGUUUUAGGUACCUUUUGUACACAAAAUAAAAUUUUGUUUCGUUACAAUUUUUGCUUUAUAUGAUUAUGUGGGAGACUCAUUUUUGUACAUAGCUAUAGGAUAUAUAAUUACUAUCAAAGUUUAAUGUGUAAUUCGGUUUCAUUGUAAGCAUCUGUAAGAAAAUUUCUCUCUUCCAUUAAGAUAUUCUGCUGAGAGAAUGCCUGUGGAAGGGUUAUACAUAAUAAAAUGAUGGAAGGUUUUAUAUA